AUGGCAACAAAGAGCAAGGGUCGCCAAAAGAUUGUUAUGGCAAAAAUGAGCAAGGAAAGUAAUCUCAGGGUUACAUUCUCCAAGAGGCGUUCUGGGUUAUUCAAGAAAGCCAGCGAGCUUAGAACCCUCUGUGGUGUAGAGAUUGCAAUCAUGGUCUUCUCUCCUGGGAAAAGAGUGUUCUCGUUUGGACAUCCAAAUGUGGAACAAAUCUUUGAUAAGUUCCUCGAUGCUCAGAACCCGGGUCCAACCAAUUCGACUAGCCUUCAACUUGUACAGGCUCUUCGCAGUGCAAGGGCUCGUUUACUCAACACCCAACUCUCUGAGUUGCUUAACCAUUUGGAAGAGCAAAAGCAACAAGGGGAGGACCUCGUGAAACUGAGGAAGCAAGGACAAGACAUGUUCUGGUGGGAGGCCCCGGUUGAUGAUCUUGAAUUUGAACAACAGGAUAUGUUGAAAAGAGGAAUGGAGGACCUGAAGAGAAAUAUCGCCACACAAGCUCAGAAGUUUGUGAUGAUGCAGGAAGCACUGGCACUCGUUGGGUGUAGCACUGGCACUGGACUUUCCAUGACACCAAAUGGAUUUAAUCCAGAGCAUGGAUGUGGACAUCCGAUUGUGUACCAAUAUUACAGAACCCAACUAGGGGUGUGUGAGUGA